AUGCUCGAGUAUUCUCUUGGACAUCAGAAGGCUAUCGACAUGGUGACACAGCGCCGAAAGGUAGAUUUGCGCAAGUUGGAGCUCACAGACUGUGACUGGGAGAUAUCUGAGCAACUGUGGGAUGUACUGAAGAUUCUGAAAGACACAACUUUAUUUUUCUCACGCUCGACCCCCAACCUUGCUACAGUCAUUCCUGCCAUGGACUUAAUCAACGAACGACUUACAAUGUAUUCCCGCAGCAAGAAGUACCUACCAUCCAUUUGUGCAGCUGUACGACUAGCCAAGCUGACCCUCAAUCGCUACUAUCAAAUGACGGACAAAUCCGACGUAUAUUGUAUUGCUAUGGUGCUACACCUGCGUCACAAAUUAUCCUACUUCAAGAUGGCUCAUUGGGAGGAGGAGUGGAUUGAGACAGCGGAAACCCUGGUGCGCACAGAAUUCAACUGUUCCUAUCUGGAGUUGGAGAUCAUCGACAACAACACAUUGAUGGAUGCUGGACCAACUGUCGACAACUCACAGACGGUUCGUUCAGUUUAA